UUCAACACAAAAAACAACAAUAUUACUAAUAAGAUUAAUCAAAGAUAUAACCAUGGAGAAGGCCUGCUUCUUGUUCAUCUUUGCUCUUCUUCUCCUUCUUUUUUAUUCAUAUGUCUCUGGUCAACAGCUCAGGACAGAUUUCUACCGGAAAUCAUGUCCAAACGUUGAAAAUCUCGUCCGAAACGCAGUUCACCGGAAAUUCGAGCAGACGUUCGUCACCGCACCCGCCACCCUCCGCCUCUUCUUCCACGACUGUUUCGUCCGUGGAUGUGAUGCGUCGAUAAUGAUAGCGUCGCCAUCGGAGAGGGAUCAUCCUGACCAGUUGUCUUUGGCCGGCGACAGCUUUGACACCGUGGUUAAGGCCAAACACGCCGUCGACUCCGACCCCUCCUGCCGUAACAAAGUCUCUUGUGCUGACAUUUUGGCUCUCGCCGCCCGUGAAGUCAUCGUCUUGACCGGAGGACCGAACUAUCCGGUGGAGCUCGGGAGAAGAGACGGGACAUUAUCUACAGUGGCCAGUGUUCAACACAGUCUCCCUCAACCCGGCUUCAACUUAGACCGGCUCAACUCCAUGUUCGCCCGACACGGUUUAUCCCAAACCGAUAUGAUCGCUCUCUCCGGAGCACACACGAUCGGGUUCUCGCACUGCGGGAAAUUCUCGAAGAGGAUAUACGAUUUCAGCCCACGAAACCGGAUUGACCCGACAUUGAAUCUCCGGUACGCUUUGCAAUUGAGGCAGAUGUGUCCGGUACGAGUCGACCCGAGAAUCGCCAUUAACAUGGAUCCGACCACACCGACGACCUUCGACAACGCCUACUUCAAGAACCUUCAACGAGGAAUGGGUCUGUUUAUUUCCGAUCAGAUCUUGUUCACAGAUCGACGGUCGAGAUCGACCGUGAAUCUCUUCGCUUCCAAUGAAGGAGCCUUCCGACAAGCUUUUGUGUCGGCGAUUACGAAGCUUGGUCGCGUCGGGAUUAAGACCGGCAACGCCGGUGAGAUUCGGAGUGACUGUACACGUGUCAAUUCAUAAAAAUUUCUGUCUGAAGAUAAGCCCGUAAAUAUAUGGGUUGGGCUAAGACAUUAAAGUGGGCCCUGCGUACUUGUAGGCCUUUUUCAUGUCAAACGUAUAAUCGGUGUUUGAAUUAGAAUUAAUUAUUUUCGUUUUAAUAU